GGGAUCUCCCUAAAUGCCUCCUGAUCAGCCACUGGUUCAGUAGUGACAGCCACAGCAUAGGUCUAGGCUAGAGACCAUAGUUGACAGGGUCCUUGUCAGAAUUCUGUGGGUUCUUAGAUUGUGUCUAUAGGUUUGUCAGUCAGGGGUUAGGGUCUACGUGGUGAGGAGUGGAAUCAUCCUGAUUGUGCACCCUAUCACCAUGGUUGAGACCCGUACUGGGCUAGAGACUAACCCCUAUAGCAAGGAGCAGCAAGAAAAGAUGGCCGCCUUAGUCAGAGAGAACAAGGAGAGAAAAGAGCGCGAGAAGCAGGCGAAGCUAAAGGCUAUCGCCGAUGAGCAGGCGGUGAAGAUGAAGAGGUUGGAGGAGGAGAUGAAGAGGGUACAACAGGAGGAGGAAGAAAGAAGGAAGGCUGCUGAAGCAGAAGCGGCAGCAGAAGAAGAGAAAGAGAGAAUGAGAAUUGAGAGUGGAGAAGGGAGCAGUGGUGGCACGAUGAAGUGGGAGACAGAUACUGAGAUGGAGAAGAAGAUCAGCGAGUGGGUCGCUAAUUUAUCGUUGGGGGAAGACGAGGAGAGGGAGUCCUAUGUGACUAAGGAUGAGAAGGCUGCGCUGGCCGCUAAGCUAGCAGCCAUGACAGACCCAAUGGAACGAAGAGAGAGGGAAGACGAGCGAAAGUUAGCAUGGAAGCUGAGAAUGAAGAGGGAGAAGAAGAGGAGGAGAGACGAAGUGAAUAAGAUGACCGCAGUAGUGGUAAAGGUGCAGGAUUGUAGAGCGGAGGUGCUGGCCCAGCCAGAUGAUAAGGCCAAGUGGGAUAAAGUACUGGGCUAUCUAGAGGUGUUGAGCAAGGCCUGGAUGGAGGAGCGCCAGGCCAGCUGGAGCCAAGACGUCGCAUUGAGUGCCAUGCGGUCCGGUUUCAGGGAUUUUGCGCGCGAAAUCGUCACCCACAUUGGGGGCGAAGUCAAACAGUUGAGGGACAAUGUAGGGAAGUUUUGUGAGGGCGCCAUUCAGGGUGCCAAAGCUGCAGCCGCUGUAGAAGGAGAGGCCAGACCCCGUAAGGACCCAGUGAAACUUAAGUUCCCAGACGCGUACGGGGGACAGAAGGACGAGAACUUUGACAACCGGGAGGCCAGUGUCAAUAGUUAUAUUUAUUUACAGCAUAUCCUGAUAGAGGAGCAAGUCCUCGUGGCCUUCCAGGCCCUGAAGGACGAAGCGGCUAGCUUCGCCAGGUCUCUCGCGCGUACAGCCGGUUGAGAGAACAACCUGGUUGCAUAUUCCAAAGUCACCCCUCUUUCCCAAUUCCUCAAGCUCCUCAAGGAGCGGUUCGCUGACCCAACGCA